AUGUUUCUGUCUCCGGAUCGCGACCUGUCGCCCGGAUCUCCCGAUCUCGGAGGACACACCCCAGCGGUCCCCGAUCGGCCUGGGUCUCCGCGCCAUCUAGGCCCAACCGGAUCGCCCACAAACCCCACAGGAUCGCCAGAUCGACAGCCGACCAGACCCUCGUCUCCAUCCCGAGACUCGCCAUCUAGAUCGCCGGAACGCGGGUGGUAUGCUCCUAUCGUUCCAGAUCAACAUGAGUCUCUCAGUAAUCCCAGAUCGGUCGGAUCGCUCUCGACCGACGCGGAAUUAUCAGAUCGUUCUUCCGAGCCAUUCCCGCUUCCCACUCCUCCGGCGGCCCCAGAUGCGUCCAGAUCCGACAUCCCGGCCGCUAAUGAAUCUCGUGAAAGGUCUGCUCCAGCUGUGGGCGUCACCGGCUUCGUUCCCAGAGUUUCUGCCGACGACGUUCGUCUCACGAUGGCCACGAUCUCGUAUUUGUGGGAUCGAGAGGCUACCUUCUGCAGCCAAGCCGAUACCAUUCAUGCGCUCCAGCAGUCCUACCGAGAUGCCGUCGCCCGGGGGGAUCGCUUACAAGACGAGCUUGAUUCGCUGUACAGAUCAGCCGCUCCUUUUGUCUCCUUCGUCCAGCGUCGAUAUGACUGGAUGCAGGGCCGCUACGUCGACGCAGUGCAUUCUUUGAGUGAUUGCAAUCGAGCUCUGCGGACAUAUCGAGAUCAAUCGGAGGAGAUUCGUCGGCUACGCACUUUGAUAUGUGCCAACGACGAGGCUCAGGGGAACUUGGAACGACAGGUGGAUGCUUUGAGGGCUCAGCUUCAUUCGCUCCAAGCCGAACUCAAUUCUCUCCGACAGCAGCGUGAUCAGCUGACCAUGGACAGCGAUCUCAUACAACAAGUGGAUGGUUUGACUCCCCUAGAGGGUCAGUUGGCACUUUCGCAGGCGGAGAACGCCAACCUACGUCGUCAGCUUGCGGAACACCUCGAGGUACACGACCAGUUGCAGGUGGUGGAGCAUGAUCGGGAUCAGGCUAUAGCUGAACACCGUGCUCUCCUCGACACACUGAACAGUGCUAUACUCGGAUCCCGGUCGUCUGCGUUGACCGCUCGAUCAACGCCUAAGAGUGCUACUCCGGCCGGAUCGCCCCCUGCUCCCACUACCCCGGGAUCGAGAUCGCUUGCCCGUAGGUCCAGAUCGAGAUCGUCCGGCCCGCCUGCCAAGCGUCGGCGUAUUCAACCAAGGUCACGAUCCAGUGAUUCUACUACCGCCCGUGUGGCUUCCCGGCUAUUGUCGUUGAACCCUUUAAUGCCUUUAAGCAAACUUCCCGGAUUGAUCCCACCCGAGCCUCCACCCAAUUCUUCUUGUUCUCCGCUUUUGUCCGCGGCUUCUGGGACUGGAUCGGGAAGUGAGGAGCUGACCGAGUCGGAUUCUAGCUCGGAUGAUUUGACUCGUGCUGCAUUAUCCCAAUCGAGAUCGGCCGCUCGUCGUCAACCUAGAUCGGAUGCCCGAUCUUCGACCCCGAACCCCUCUCCGGCCGCUCGGGUUGUUCCCGCUUCUCCCGCAGCUACUGCGUUGGCUCAAGCACUGUUGCGUUCGCCUUCUCCAGACGUUCCGGAGCCUCGUUAUCUUUCGUACCCAUCCACUCCGGUCGCGGCUGUCCCCGUAGUCGAAAUUCAAGAUAAUGGCGGCGUAGAAGACGUGGAGGUAUCGCCGACAGGGGAGACACACAGCGAGACUGGCUCUGUUAGUCCGCCUCCGGAGUCCACUGCGCUUUCGGAUCGCCAUUCGUCCGAUAGCGAAAACAGCAUCACCCUUCCGGCACGCCAAGUGGCUAACAGAGUUUUCUCUUCCGUUGACUUCGACAAUCUUCCGCCACUCCAGCAACCACGGGAUCGGUGGAUUCCCAACUAUCUGGCGCCCUCCCGACGGGUAGCUUCCGAGAUCGCUCCAUGGUCCGUUUCGCGGAUCGCGAUGGUUUGCGUGAGGACCAUGACCAUUGAGCUGUUGUUUCACCACUACUCCAAGCCCAGGAAUUUUCUGUUUCCCUUCUACAAUCAUGGACGAGCUCCGCCUACGGGGACUUGGGCUUCUGGGCUGAUCUCGCGGCAACACAUCGAGGCUCUUUACGCUACAGCCCCUUGGGAUAAUAUCAUAGUCCCAGUGAACCCGAUAUCGUUCACCAUGACUGGAUGGUAUCGUGAUAUGAGUCAUCGGUACCUGGAGCUUGAGUCCACUCAUCGACAAGCUCUGUGGGAAUCCACUCAUGCUUUCCCGAUUCCUCCGGCUCAACGGCGAUCUGAACGGUUCAUGCAGACAUUCUGGCGCCAACGAAAACAACGCCGUUCUCGCUUUGGAGCGCGUUGGAAGAACUUCUUGAAGAUGAUACUCAGCGGCAUGAUCGCUGGCCACUGCGAUCUCGACAUCUUGCUAGAUCCCUUCUUCCUCCACUAUCCGCGCCCACAUGAAGACCGAGUUUGGUAUCCAGGGUUAGGACACUCUAACGACCCAGCUGACUUGCUAGAGGCGUUGGACAUGGCAGACCAAGAGGAUCCUUGGCGCAACCAGUUCCGUAACGCCUAUUGGGAUCAUCCCGGAUCGCAGAUCCCUCGUCUGCAGGACAAGUUCAAACCUGCUCCAUCGUCUUAG